AUGCCAGAAGCUCAAGAUGUUAUUUUCCUGUUGACUGCACUUGAAAUAUCAAUUUCAACCACGCAAAGAACCACUACAACUGAAUCAUUUCCUUGUAUCAUUUUUCCGAGCUUUCCAUUAUGUGCACAAUCAACCAAAUCCACUACCACAACUACAAAGGACAUCACGACCACUGCAGCAUCUUCUACAACAGCUGAAGACUUGAAAACAACCACAGUUGCCCCUACAACCACAGAAAAUAUUUCGACCACCACAAAUGCACCCACAACGACAGAAGAAAUAACAACUACGACUUCCGCUCCUACGACCACUCAAGAAAUACCAACAACUACAAUUAUUCCAACAAGUACUACUUUAGCUACACCAACAACCGAAGAAUCAGCAAAAACCCCUACAGAAGUUUCUACAACUACUGCAGAUCCAUCAACCACAACUUUAGCUUCAUCUACUGAUGAAACGACAACAACAACCGCUCCCACAACCACUGAAGAGAUUACAACUACUACUCUUGCUCCUACUAGCACUGCAGAAAUAACUACAACCACAAUUGGUCCGACAACGACCGUUGAAAUAACAACAACCAAUACUUCUCCUACUGCAACUGAAGAGUUAACAACAACUACUGAAGAGAAAACAACAGAAGUUUCUACAACUACUGCAGAUCCAUCAACCACAACUUUAGCUUCAUCUACUGAUGAAACGACAACAACAACCGCUCCCACAACCACUGAAGAGAUUACAACUACUACUCUUGCUCCUACUAGCACUGCAGAAAUAACUACAACCACAAUUGGUCCGACAACGACCGUUGAAAUAACAACAACCAAUACUUCUCCUACUGCAACUGAAGAGUUAACAACAACUACUGAAGAGAAAACAACGACUACGGCCGCUCCCACAACGGCAGUCUCUUCUACAACGACUGAAGAGCCAUCGACCACUACUCUUGCUUCAACAGCAACUGAAGAAGUAACAACAACCACAACCGUAACCUCAACGACCGAGGAAGCAACAACAACCACUACUGCUCCUACUACUACUGAAGAAUUAACAACAACCAUAUCUCCCACAACCACAUCUUUAGCUCCAACAACUACUGAGGACAACUCAAACACUGCGUCUACAACCACUGCAGAAAUAACAACCACAACCUUAUCGACAACCACUGAAGAAUUAACAACCACAACGACAGCUCCCUCCAACCAACAGGCUCAACACCACCACCAUCACCACCACGAAGUGAUUGGACCUCCAGCCUUCCCGCUUCCGCCGCCAGGCUUUCCCCUUCCACCUCCACCAUUUCCAUUCCUUGGAUCCUUGCCAGAGGCUGAUCCUGCUGUAAUUGCUAUACUACCUAUUCCGCCUCCGCCGCCGAUCCCAGCAUUUCCUCGACCACCGCCAAGACCACCACUACCCUUCGGAAACUUUUUUGGAUAA